GCAGGCGCAGAUGCUGUUUCUUGAUUAAUAUAUAAGGCCGUGGCAGUACAAAGGAAACAUCACGAGUGGUUUCCUUUGCGGUCGGGGUUUUAGUGGCGUUUGAAACAUGGCAGACCUCAUUGAUUGUAAUUUCCCUGUUUGGGGCCUGCUGCCUAAGAAAGAGACGGGUGUCACUCAAUUCCUCACCAAAUACCCCGAAUACGAUGGCCGAGGCGUCGUCGUCGCGAUUCUCGACUCCGGAGUGGAUCCCGGUGCGCCAGGGAUGCAGACGACUUCAGAUGGGAAACCAAAAAUUAUUGAGAGAUUUGACUGCAGUGGAGCAGGAGAUGUAGACACUAGCAAAGUUGUUCAAGCACCAGAUGGAUAUAUAAUUGGUCUAACUGGCCGUAAAUUAAAGGUUCCAUCUAAUUGGAAUAAUCCUAGUGGAGAAUAUCAUAUAGGCUUGAAAAACUUAUACUCAUUGUAUCCAAGUAAAUUAAAGGAGAGAGUAGUGGGAGAACGCAAGAAGCGUCUUUGGGAUGAUGGACAUAAAGCGGCAAUUGCAGAAGCUUGCAGGCAAUUACAGGAAUUUGAGAGCAAGAAUCCGCAAGUAUCAACUUUGGAAGAGAGACUGCAAAAGGAAGAACUUGAAGCUCGAGUGGAAGUAUUGAACAACAUGGAGAAGAAAUAUUGUGAUGUAGGACCUACUUAUGAUUGUGUUGUUUUCCGCGAUGGUAAUAUUUGGAGAGCGUGUAUCGACACUUCGGAGGAGGGUAAUCUGGAAGCUGGUGUUUUCCUCGGGGAAUACACGGCUACGAGAGAUUUUGCUCCUCUCACUCAGGAAGAUCAACUAAAUAUUAGUAUUAACGUCCAUGAGGAAGGAAAUAUAUUAGAAAUUGUCAGUCUGUGUUCCAGUCAUGGCACGCACGUGGCGUCAAUCGCCGCUGCGUACUUCCCCGACAACCCGGAAUUGAACGGUGUUGCACCAGGAGCGCAAAUUAUUUCGCUGACCGUCGGCGACGGACGUAUCGGCACAAUGGAGACUGGAACUGCUGUAGUGCGGGCGAUGAUUCAUAUAAUGCAGCGUAAAGAGAAAGUUCACGUCAUAAAUAUGAGCUACGGCGAACACGCUCACUGGUCGAAUACGGGUAGAAUAGGAGAAGUGAUGAACGAAGUUAUCGACGAGUACGGCGUAACGUGGGUUGCGUCUGCUGGCAAUCUCGGACCGGCUUUGUGUACUAUUGGUACUCCGCCAGACAUCAGUUCAAGCAGUAUUAUUAGCGUCGGCGCUUAUGUAUCGCCCGACAUGAUGGUAGCCGAAUACUCUCUGCGGGAAAAGAUGCCAGGCAUGCCGUAUACAUGGUCCUCUCGUGGUCCGAUGAUAGAUGGAGGCGCCGGUGUAACCGUAUGCGCGCCAGGAGGUGCUAUCACCAGUGUCCCAAAUUUUACGCUUAGAAAGAGUCAACUGAUGAAUGGCACUAGUAUGGCAAGUCCGCACGUAACCGGAGCAGUUGCGAUUUUAAUAUCCGGCCUCCUCGCCAAGGGCUGUCCACAUUCUCCUUACAGCAUAAAAAGGGCUCUCGAGAACACGGCUCUUUACGUAUCCAACCUAGAUCCUUUCGCGCAAGGUUCCGGCUUGUUACAAGUCGAACGUGCGUUUGACAAUCUUGUCUCGUACAACGACGCUGCCGAGAGAGACAUCCGAUUCGCCGUGAAUUGCGGCGUUAAUAAUUCUAAAGGUAUUCACAUGAGAACAGGCGUCAUCGAUCGUCCCAAGGAUUACGCGAUCACGGUCGAACCAGUAUUUAUAACCAGCGAAACUAUAGAUCCGUCGCGCAAAAUUGAUUUCAAUCUGAAGCUCACGCUCGUGUGCGAUGCCUCAUGGGUCCAAUUCCCGACGCAUCUCGAUUUGAUGCACAUGCCUCGUGCUUUCGCUAUUAGAGUUGACGCUUCGAACUUAUCGGAAGGUGUUCAUGCAACUAGUGUACGAGCGUACGAUGUAACUAAUAUCGCAAAAGGACCAGUAUUCCAAAUUCCAGUAACUGUCGUCCAGCCAAUGACGCUGCCGAAGGCUGCGCUUCUUCCAGACCUGACGUAUACGAACAUUUUAUUUAAACCUAACACGAUUCAACGUCACUUUAUUCUGGUUCCGGAUGAUGCUACUUGGGCAGUUCUCAGACUGAAAAGCACGGAGAAGGAUAAAACUGGGCGAUUUGUGAUUCACACUGUGCAACUGAAACCUCGUCUGGCUUGCAAGACACUUGAAGUUAACAGAAUGAUCAGCGUUACGUCUCAGUCAGAAACUGUUCAAUCGUUUGCUGUUCAGGGUGGACUUAUUCUAGAAGUAGUUAUUGCGAAAUAUUGGGCGAAUCUGGGCGAUAUGUUUGUCGAUUAUACUAUAGAAUUUCAUGGAAUCCACAUGAUACAUGGUAAUCUCACGAUGCAGUCCGGGGAUGGAAUAAAUCGCCUUGAAUUACGUAGCUCUCUCCGAAAUGAAGAAGUUGUACCUAGCAUUUCUCUGAAAACAUCUGUGCAGGUUUUAAAGCCGAGUGAAUCGAAAAUCGCUCCUCUUCGAGAGCGUGACAUUAUCCCGCCGUCACGUCAGAUAUAUGAAUUACAAUUGACAUACACAUUCCACUCGGCAAAAGCAACUGAGGUUACACCGAACGCUACACUGCUUAGUGAUUUGUUGUAUGAAAGCGAGUACGAAAGCCAGAUGUGGAUGAUCUAUGACAGCAACAAGCAGCUAAUUUGUUGCGGAGAUGCAUAUCCAUCGAAAUAUACCAUACAAAAGCUAGAAAAAGGAGAUUACACCAUGAAAAUGCACGUGCGUCAUGAGAAAAGGGAUUUGCUGGAGAGAUUGACGGAUAUGCCGGUACUUCUGAGUCAGAAACUUAGCUCGCCGAUUAACUUGGAUAUUUAUGCCAAUCACUCACAGGCUAUUAUUGGUGGAAAGAAGAUGGUUGCUGCAUCUAUUCCACCUGGUCAUAUUCUUCCUUUAUAUAUUGCACCACUGUCUAACGAAGCCAAAAUAUCCAAAUACGUUACUCCUGGUAGUUACCUUCAAGGUACAUUGACUUUCUGUAAAGACGAAAUUGGAAAGAAGGUGGAUAGUCACGUAUUUAAGUACAUCAUAUCUGAGCCUACCAAGAAAAAUAGCAACUCUUCUACUAAAUCGGACAAAGAGAAAACUACGAAAUGGGAUGAAUACAAUGAAGCGUUGAGAGAUCUAAAAUGCAAUUGGCUUGCAAAACUUGAACCCGGCGAAUACGCCAAUUUGCUGUACGGGGAAUUGAAGAACAUCUUCUCGGAUCAUUUGCCGGUCCACACUGCCAUGUUAACGUCUCUUGAUUCUCCUGAAGCGCGACGGCACAUACCGCACGACGAUCUCUCAGAAAAUACUAUCGCACUUGCCAAUCAAAUAAUAACCGUCGCUGACGCUGUGAUCACGAAUAUCGAUCAGGACAAACUAUUAGCGUAUUACGGAUUGAAAAUCGAUCAGCGUCCCGACGCGGCUAAGAUCAAAACGACUAUGGAGAAGCAGAAGAACAGCCUGAUCGAAGGAUUAGUGAAGAAGGGCUGCGCACUGGCACGGCUGUACGUACAUGGGACAAAGGCGGCAGAGGGAGAUGGUUCCUUCGAACACUUGCUCGAAAGCGUGAUGCACCACUGGCAGGAAGUACAGAAAUUCGCUGAGCCUACUGACAGCAAGGUGAUCAUUCUGUCCUUGUGGCACGCGCACAUCAAUAAUCACUAUGGACGUUACUUAAAAUUAUUGACACGUUACUACGAAGAGAAGCCACUGAAGGAACUUGAGGAGAAGUGCAUUGAGAUUGCAAGGGUUCUGGGAUGGGAGCACUGGUCACGUCUGCUCACCACGAUAAGUGAAGCAUGUACACUCAUAUGUUUGCUCGUGGCUGCACGAAUAUCAGAAGGAAAUUUAAUGAUCUAUGAUAUAGAAAAAUGCGCCAGGUUGAAUAUUAUUGUAGCAGAAGCUAUGAUAGAAGGUAAUGCAAUUCACGCGUGGAUUAUUAAGGAAAGACUUAUUUCACAUCCGUAUCUGAAUACUGAGGAAGCUUUGAAGUUAGGAGGCGAGAGUUUAAAUAUGUUGAACGAAUGGGUCACACUGUUCGACUCGCACAGUCAUGUCACUAUCAAUAAUGCAAAUCAUGGAUUAGUCAUCGCUCAGGUGGAGUCCGAUGCUCCGGAUAGAGACAUAUAUAGAACAUUUUCGACACUGGAGGCUUUCGAAGAUUUUACGUCUAUGAAAGCGUCGCAGCUAAAGAUGAGGAUAGAGGAGAUGUUGCGCAUAAAAAUCUCAGUGAGCAACGAAUUGAGAGAUCUGGGCGCCAAGAGGCAAAGGCUCCAAAGUGAAGUCAAUAGCUUGACGCAGAAGAUAGAUGAAUUGAAGCAGGAAUUGUUGCAUCAGCAAACGGAUCUCGACAGAUUGAAAAUUAGCGUAGAACAGGCGCAGGUAGCUCAGAGAGAGGCGGUAGAGCGGAACACGCCCGAGUUGGCACCUCCCAAGAGAAUACUCGUCGAUACCAUCCCAGUUGCGUUACCAAGCGCGGAUCCACGAUCGUGUAAAAUGUACAAUUGCUUUGAUCACAGCCGGUGUGCGUUGACGAGCGGCUUUCCCGUGUACUUGUACGAUCCGGAUCAAUUCUCAGUAGUUAAUCUAGGAUGGGACGUAGAUGGCUUUCUGAAAACUACGAUUAAACAAACAUUAGGAUACAAUCCGCAUCUCACCAGGAAUCCAGCAGAGGCGUGUAUCUACAUAGUCCUGAUCGGUGAAGCGUUGAGCUCGCAACAGAAGGGCAAUCAACGUCACGGGAAACCUUUGGAUGUAAAAAAGUUGCACGCACUGCCCUACUGGGGCGGCGACGGUAGAAACCAUAUAUUGCUGAACCUAGCGCGGAGAGAUUUAUCCGCGGAUUCCGGGAAUAUCUUCAGCAACCUGGACACCGGCAGGGCGAUGAUAGUGCAGUCAACGUUCUAUAGGAAUCAGUUUCGCGAUGGUUUCGACCUGAUCGUGCCGCCGAUCCUGGGGCCACCCGGUGGAGACGUCUGGCAGGAAUGCGCGCAGAUGCUGCCCGCAAGGCGGAAAUACCUGCUGUCUUUUCAGGGAGAAAUGAGAACUUUCAAGGGCACAUCCAUGACAUAUCAGAUUGCAGACGACGCCGACAUGGAUCUGGAGAGAUUGGCAGUCGACGACAACAACAUAGACGCAUUCAUCAUUCAGCACCUAAAAGACAUGAGCAGCGGAAUAACGUUGGACAAGUUUUUCAUUCAGUUCGAGUGUAUACCAGCAUCUGUGGAGAGCAAGCCCGAGACUCUCGACUGGUCCCUGUGCGGGACCGAUUCUUCCAGGAGAGCCAUUCUGAAGGAAUCGACGUUCGCGCUGAUCUUAGCGCCCAGCAAUGCCACGUUGCUGACGACCUCGUCCAUGCAAGCGAGACUGUACGAAGCGCUACGAGCUGGAUCAAUACCGGUUAUCCUCGGUGGCGAUCAGAUCUCGCUUAAUUACAAUGAGGUCAUCGCUUGGCGGAGGGCGGUUAUCUUUCUGCCCAAGGCCAGAGUGACUGAAAUGCACUUUUUGUUGCGUGCUGUACCUGACAACGACCUACUGGCUAUGCGAAGGCAAGGCAGAUUGAUAUGGGAACGCUACAUGAGUACCGCUCAGGGCACAGUGGAUACAAUCAUAGCGGUGGUGAGGGAUAGACUUGGUAUACCUCCGCUGCCAGCGCCUCAAACGCCGAGCCCCAGCGUUUUCAACGAGAGCUUCGUACCUUUAAAAUCGGACGCCGUCAUCACUGAGCCCGAGACCGUGGAAAGUUUGGGCCCUCUGGAACCACCGUAUCCGUCGCCUGCUUUCAAGAGGAACUACACGACGCUUUUGAUUCAGGGCCACGAGAUUUGGAACGAUUGGAUGGAUCCGUUUAACUUGUAUCCGCAAUUACCAUUCGAUACUAUUCUUCCCAGCGACGCCAAGUUUCUUGGUUCAGAGGUCGGCUUUCGACCGAUUGGCAAGGGUGCCGGAGGCGCCGGGAAAGAGUUCAGCGAGUCGUUAGGAGGCAACUACCCGCGGGAGCAGUUUACGAUCGUCAUGCUGACGUACGAGAGAGAACAGGUUCUUAUAAAUUCGCUAGGACGUCUUUACGGUUUGCCUUACUUGAACAAAGUCCUCGUGAUAUGGAACAGCCCGAAACCACCAGUGGAAGAUCUCAAGUGGCCGGAUAUUGGUGUUCCUAUACAGGUCAUCAAAGCACCGAGAAACAGUUUGAAUAACAGAUUUCUUCCGUUCGACGCGAUUGAGACCGAAGCUGUCCUCUCGGUAGACGAUGAUGCUCACUUGAGACACGAUGAAAUUUUGUUUGGUUUCAGGGUGUGGAGAGAACAUCGGGAUCGCGUAGUUGGAUUCCCCGGGCGCUUUCACGCGUGGGACCAAAAUUAUCAUAAUGCUUGGAAUUACAACUCUAAUUAUUCGUGCGAGCUGUCCAUGGUCUUGACCGGAGCCGCUUUCCUUCACAAGCAUUAUACGUAUCUGUACACGCACUGGUUACCACAAGCAAUACGCGAUAAAGUUGACGAGUACAUGAACUGUGAGGACAUCGCGAUGAAUUUCCUAAUAUCUCACAUUACGAGGAAGCCACCAGUCAAGGUAACAUCUCGCUGGACGUUCAGGUGUCCAGGCUGUCCAGUCUCGCUCUCCGAGGAUGACACGCACUUUCAGGAGAGGCAUAAAUGCAUUAAUUUCUUUUCUCAGGUUUUCGGAUAUACUCCACUAUUGAACACGCAAUAUCGAGCCGACUCGAUAUUGUUUAAGACACGGAUACCGCAUGACAAACAAAAAUGUUUUAAGUUUAUAUGAAGACAGAAUACACUAGAAUUUUUAUGUAGGUGUGUAGUGUAAGAUUUUUAUGAAUUUGAUACAAUUUUAUGCAAUUCACUACUUCUAAGCUAUUGUGCAAGAUAUUUUAGAAAAUGUAUACAGGGAAAUACGAGACGUAAUAAGAAUUUCCAUCAUGAUAAAUAUUUUAUUGAAAUACCAGUGAAUUGUGAAAUUGCAUGAAUUAAUAAAAAAAACGAACAAACGUAGGAUGUAAUUUGCAAAUAGUGCAGCACAGCCGUUCCCGUGUAAUUGAGUAUAGAUUUCAGUAUGUCCAAUUAAGCAACUUUUUUCUUUCCGCAAAACGUUUAAUGUAGUAAUUAUAAAUGAUCAAACUGAUGCGAUGAGCGAUACAAGAUAAAGUAAAAUAGGUUGCUAUUAGAAAUAUUUACGUAAUUGAACUAAGUCUCUUUUUUUUGUAUUUUAAAGGUUUUUUUUAAUUCUUCGUGAAACUUCGAUAUAACAGUAAAACGCAGUGUACUCCGUAAUAGAGGAAAAUAUCUAUUUUGUAAAUGUAAUGAAUCCAGAAUAUAACAUGUUAAUAUGCUAUAUUAGAAUAUAAGCUAGAUACAUUUUAGUAUAUUCGACAUUUUAUUGUAUAGCAUGUUUAAAUUCUAUGGUAUUUUAAUAUAGCAUAUUAUUGAAAUCACUGCCUCUCACAAUCAAAAUAAUGUACAUAUUUACGAUAAAAUUAGGAUAACUUUUAAACACUAUAAGCAAAAUUGUAUCAUUAUUAAAAAGAUAUCGAGUUCAAUUUUUUGCAAUUAUUAUGUAAAUGUUAUGAUUGUUAAAUCAACUUGUUAUAAAGAUUAUUGACUUUCUUUACUGAAUUUUUUAUUAGAAGAAUCUCGGAAAAUCUUGGCUAAAAAUUAAAAAAUUGAAUGUAUAUAUAUACACACGCAUUAACGUGACUCUUAAUUGGUAUUUAAUUACAUGAAAAGAAUACUGUGCAUUUUGAACGAAUCUCUAUAUCUUUUUACUUUUAAAAGCUUUGCAAAUCUCAAUGUUCAUUUGCUUGAAAGUUGAUGAGAACAUCGCGCAUGUAAAAGAGCACAAUUAAAAAAUUUUUGUAUGCUACAAGCUGGAUGAAAUGUGAUUCAUCUUUCACUGAGGCAUUCUAAUAACAGAGUUAUAUUUAAUAAACUAUUGCGCACGAUGUAUAAUCGAAUGUAGUAAAAGCUUUAACAUUUAAGAGGAUUCUUAGUUUUUCUUUUGAUGCGUCACGGUGUUUUCAACAUUAUAGUUUUAGCGCACAAGUAAUGUCGCAUUUAUUUCGACGCUGUAAGAGAAGUUACACAACUAGGAAAUUUUUUUGAAUGUCUCCAUGCCGUUUUAGAUAUCCGUAUGUCUUUAUAUCUAUAAUUUAUGAUAAUUGUUACGUCUUAUUAUUAUAUACAGUUUUUAUACGUGUGCGUCUGUAUUAGCGUUAUAUGUAUUCAUAUAUGUGCCAAAUUUUUAAUAAUCGUAUACAUACUAAGUUGUUUAGAUAUUGUUAACGUUAAAUUUCUGAUUAUCAACAUUGUAAGCGAACAAUGUUUUAACUUGUAAUCAUUUUAAAUGUAUAAAAUAGCGAUAUAAUUGUCGUAGGAUGCGCCAUUCAAAAACUCAUGAUUUUCUACCUUUAGCGUACGUAUACCCGUCGCUAGUGUUGCACGCGUGCGUGGAGAAUAAGGAGACGAUUUAGUCUGACGAAUAGCAGGGAAGCAAGUCUGCGAGUCCCUUUGCGAAAUCCAAAAGCACGAAGGAACACAUUAUAUUUGUGUGCGAUUUACUGAAACUUAUACAAUCGAUUAAAAGCAGAUGUAAAAAGACGAUUCUAUAAACGCUCUAUUACUAUUUUGUACACGGUCUGUACAGUGUAUACUACGUUUACUUUUUCACCUCUGAAAGUAAUCUCAGAAUAUUGAUACUGGCCAAAUUCAUGGAAUUUGCAAUUAAAAAUGUCUUACUUUCCUUUUAUAAGCUAGAAGAGAAAAAUUUGUUUCAGUCGAAAAACGAAGUUUUUGCCGCGCAAUUAGAUCGAAUUCUAAUUUCGAGGGACUUCAGAGACGUGUCAUUGCAUAUCGUCAUCAAUUUUUUCCGUAGUUUCAAGUUUUGCCUGGGGUUUCCCUGUAUCGGAAUUUUAUCGAGGAAAAAGUUUUCGACCGCGCAGAUUUGGAUGGAUCUCAUGUACGAGCAUAAGGCCACGUGACGUACUGGCUACAGGAAACUUCGGCAAUGUCGAAGGGAUGGUGCGAUCGGUCUUCCAACUAUCGGAAGUUUUUUACCAGAAGGUAAUUUACUGAGCAUUUCAUGUAUUAUUAUGUGAACAGUCUGUAGUAACUAUUUACGUAUACCGACGUUAUUAUUAUUAUUAUUAUUAUUUCUGCUACACAUGUGUCUACGUAUAUGCAAUACUUUUUAACUUCUAUUAUCUUUAAAAUAAGCAAGACAUUUUAUGCAAUACAAAGAUAAUAUAAGAUAAAGUGGAAUGAAAUUUAUGGAAAUUUGUGGAAACAAUUUUUAAUUUUAAUGCCAAGGAAUCUAAUUUUCACAGAAUUAAAUCUCGCGAUGCUUGCUUGCAACAUUAAAGUAAUUUUUAAUUUUUGGAGUAGCCCAUAUUUUAGUUAGUGAUUCGGAGUGAUUGCAGUUGGCGGUUCCUUUGAAGUUCCCGCCAGAUUGGCCUGUCCGCUGAUCAAUACAGUAUUUUCCGCGACGUAAGUCUCGUCCCAUUUGCCUAUUGGUCAGAACUCACGCCGCAGUUCCAUUAUUUAUUAAACUCGCGUGAAGAUGCAUAAUUUGUCAGGUACCAUUUAUCACAAAGUGAUCUCGAUCAAUUUUAAAGAUGAAUUUAAUUAUGAUCGCACGAAACCCAGACGAAUUUUUUACUCUUGCGGCGUCUGCAAUUCUGAAACGUCUUUCCGUCUUCAAUAUCCCCCUCUUUAACACCAUUCGCCAUAUACGCGAGAUCGGAGUUCGUACACGUCAGUUGUAUAUAGGGUGUAAAAAGUGAAAUGUUCUCCGCAUCCUCUUUUCAUAUAAUAGAUAAUUUCAAGAUAAGUGGAAAGUUUUAAGCAACAAUUUAAUAACUUGAAAAUUUGUAAAAAUUUUUAAUUUGGAGUUAAAAAGCUUUUCCGUACAUUCUUAAGUCCUCUGGAUGUUCUUAUGUAUGCACAAUUUACAUUUCGAAAUUUUGACAUAUAAAAAUCUUUAAUGAAUAUAAAAAUUAUACAAUAUGUAUCUUGAUUUUUAUGUGCGUAUGUUCAUUCCUUUGUGAUUUCUAUGACAAGCGGUUCGAAGAAAUUCUUGCGCCACUCUGUAUGAUACUACGGUCAAAGGGAUGGGGGAGCAAAGCUUCGUUCGCGCAACUGCGGUCGCACACAAGUGCGAUAAGGCACCCUCCCUUGGAUAGAGGUCUCUUUGCGAGCGAUACGUGCAACUUCGAAGAGUCGCUCGCGAGAAACGCGGGUCGCGCCUCGACGUCAACUUGAGGAUCUCGACGGGAAGUCGAUUCGCGACCGGAAAUUAGCUCCAUUCGCGUCCCGCUCGUCGCACAAUCGGUGCAACAAGGAAAGGAUUGCGCAGUGAGCGCGAAACUCGGGGGAAAGAGGGAACGUGAAA